GUUGGUGCAGUUCGUGCAGGCGCACGCAAAGAUGGAUGCCGACGAUGUCGCGAGGGGGGGAAUUCCGCUGCUGCGCCCGGAUGCGCCCCCUGGAAAAUCAGGUCCAACAGGCGCGAUGGCAGCGCUCGAGAAAAUGCGCAGGUGCCUCAGGAAAGGAUGCGCGCAAGACCCGUUGGGUGUGGAUGACAUGUACAUACCUCGUGGGAGGGGGCCGAAGACAAACCUCAUGAGGUGGUCCAAGAAAGGUGGAACUGGGAAGAACGAGAAUUUCCACGGCGGCAUCAAUCGUCUGGUCGCAGGCGUGGCUCGCAUCGGUGUGGAGGCGUGCGACGCGAGGCUUCUGCAACGUGUUUGUCGUCACAACCUAGACAUGGACCGCAAGCUUGGCAACACCAGCAAGCAGUCAACUCGUUGGCCUUGGAGGGAGCGCGUGGUGAACAAAGCGGCCUCGGGCAUCCUCGCUUCGCUCCCGUUCCCGAAGGCGCCUCCCGACCCGAAACACGACGUAUGUGAUGCCAACUCCCUGCUGUUCGUGUGCCGGUGUCAGAUCCCAACGAAGGACUUGGAACCGAUGGGGUUCGAGUUCCACACCGCCAGGAAAGCUGCCGGUCGACGAGAAGCCAUGAAUGCCGCAACGAGGAUAGUUGCAGAGCGUCGGGGCAACAACCCCCGCUCUUCGCCGUCGAUGACGGCAGGAAGUGCCGCAAGGGAGGGGCCGGAGACGGCGCCGUUGCCACUACCGACAGCAGGAGGCCGGAUUGGAACGGCGGCGGCUGGGGCGGCGGGGCCUGCGGAGGGGCCUCCGGCAGACGGGGCGGCAGGGCCGGGGCCGUGGCCUGCGGCGGGUGCGGGCGCGGCGCCGGGGGAUUCGCCCUCGCCAUCAUCGACGCAAGAAGGCCGGGUGGGAACGGCGGUGCCGGGUGCGGGCGCGGUGCUGGGUGCGGGUGCGGCGCCGUUGCCGACCAUGACAACGACGGGUGCCGCUUUCGCCAACUAUGGGGGGGCGCGCAAGCUACAUAGUAAACGUCCCACCAUCGAGGGACAGAAGUCUGUCACCCCGACAACCGACGGCGAGCUGGAUGCCUUUGCCCGUUGUCUUGCGACAGCAAGGGCUCAAGGCCGAGGGGAGGUGAUGGAGGAGACGGCGCGACUGUACAACACAGAGUUUUUCACCCAGCAGCUUGACCGGGACGCGCCAAUAAUUCUCCGUGGACCCACUUCAGCGCAAAAGCUGCGAAAAAAAUCAACGACAACGGCCACGGCUAAGAGGGCCCGACAGGUCUCCGCAGACUUCGCAGCUGUGCAAUCGGCGGGCAGAACGGCGUCGUCUUGUUCGACCUCUCCUUCGAACUCUUCUUCGACCACGUCGAGAUCAAAGCGCCGUCGUGACGUCAGACCUGACAGGGAAAAUGCCGUUGCUAGAGUCGCGAACAGGGUUCCUCUGACGAUAGAAGAAAUAGAGACACUUCCCGACGCCGUGGCUAUUCCUUACCUCUCGGAUAUGGAUCAGCCGACGUCAGGCAGGGUUGCUGCCAAACGCGAGAGGUUGAAGAGCUACUUCCGAAACCACAACCUCACAUCGUACACACCUGUGGGCGGGGCAAACAAGAAGGCCGCGGGUGCGGCAGUUACAGGACCCCCUAGUGGGCACCGGGCGAUCUAGAACGGCUGGGGUGUAGAAUUCUGUUUCUGGUGGCAAGGGCGGGCUUUCUCAUUCUGCACGAAUGUUGUGUGUUUCACUGCUGCUCCUUCACGUAAUAUUAUUGCGGUU